AUGGACUCAGUUUGUAUGGUAGAGAAUCAAAAACCUCAUGCAAUGUUGGUCCCACAUCCAAGCCAAGGCCACAUAACUCCAAUGCUCAAGCUCGCAAAGCUCCUUCACCACAAAGGCUUCCACAUAACCUUCGUCAACACACAACAUAACCACAGCCGCCUCCUCAAAUCCCAAGGCGCCAACUCCUUACACCGCUUGCCUGACUUUCACUUCAGAGCCAUCCCUGAUGGCAUGCCAUCGUCUGAUAGCGACGACGCUGCCCAAGAUGUCCCCUCACUCUGCUAUUCCAUCUCCCACAACUGCUUGGCUCCACUCUGCGAUCUCAUUUUAGAUAUCAACUCAAAUUCUAGCCAUGACCUUCCCAAGGUUUCUUGUAUUAUUGGCGAUGGGAUCAUGACUUUCACCAUUGUUGCUGCUCGUCGCUUUCAGAUUCCUAUCGCCUCGUUUUGGACUGCCAGCGCUUGCAGCUUCCUUGGAUAUAUGCAGUAUGACAAGCUUGUUCAACUCGGCUUGGUGCCUUUCAAAGAUGAAAACUUCUUGACAAAUGGAGAUCUCGAAACAACAAUAGAAUGGAUCCCACCGAUGCAAGAAAUUCGUUUGAGAGACAUCCCAAGCUACAUUAGAACAACCAACAAACACGACAUAAUGCUCAACUUUUACCUCCAACAAUUGGAAGCAAUUCACAAAACAGAUGCAAUAAUCAUGAACACAUUUGAGUCCCUCGAACACCACGUUUUGGAAGCACUUUCCUCCAAACUCCCUCCCAUUUACCCAAUUGGUCCAAUCAACCCAUUAGUUGCUGAGCUGAUCCACGACCAUAAACUCCAACAAAUCAACUCAAAUCUAUGGAAGGAGCAAUCCCAAUGCAUGGAAUGGCUUGAUUCAAAGGAACCCAACUCGGUGGUUUACGUCAACUUUGGAAGCAACACGGUUAUGUCACCUCAACAAUUGCUCGAAUUUGCUUGGGGACUUGCCAACAGUGGCAAGCCGUUCUUGUGGUUCAUGAGGCCGGGGAUCGUGGAAGGGAAGGCGGCGGUGUUGCCGGCGGAGUUUAUGGCGGAGACGGAAGAAAGAGGGAUGUUGGGGAGUUGGUGCAAUCAAGAAGAGGUUUUGAAGCACCCUUCUGUGGGAGCUUUCUUAACUCACAGUGGAUGGAACUCGACCAUGGAAAGUAUAAUCGGCGGAGUGGCGAUGGUUUCGUGGCCGUUCUUCGCCGAUCAACAGACGAAUUGUCGUUAUUGUAACACGGAGUGGGGAAUUGGGAUGGAGAUUGAUAAUAAUGUGAAGAGGGAUGAAGUGGAGAAGCUUGUGAAAGAGUUGAUGGAUGGAGAAAAGGGUGAAGCCAUGAGAGGAAAUGCUAAAGAGUGGAAGAGGAAGGCUGAGGAAGCUUGUAAGCUUGGUGGGUCGUCUUCUACAAACUUGGAUCGACUCGUUUAUGUUCUCACGAAUAACGCCAAAAAAUAG